AUGCCCCCACCCGCCUCUCCUUUUGUUCUUCUUACAGUAAACCAUGGCAAGUUCCCCAAGCAAGAGGACUCUUAUGCGUUUGAGGAGGACAGCAGCAGUGAGAGUCUGUCUCCAGAGCAGCACCACAGUGAUGAGUCGCAGGGCUCGGCCUGCCCUUCGUCUGAGGCUGUCGGCAGCACGGCCUCCUCCUCCUCCUCACCUGCCCUCACCAGCCCACGUCAGGGCGGUGCAGCCAGAGACCCACCUGAUCAAAGCCACGAUGAAGGGCUUUCCGGUGCCAUCAGCCAGGCAACUCCCCCAAUACCAGUUCCUGCUAUUGUCAAGUCCAAGACGUCAGACAAGAACCGACACAAGAAGCCCAAAGAUGUGAAGCCCAAAGUGAAGAAGCUCAAGUACCACCAGUACAUUCCUCCGGACCAGAAGGCAGAGAAGUCCCCUCCACCCAUGGACUCGGCCUACGCCCGACUCCUCCAGCAGCAGCAGCUCUUCCUGCAGCUGCAGAUCCUCAGCCAGCAGAAACACGCUAACACACAUUCGCAGACGCAGCAGUCGCAACAGCAGCACGCACACACUCCGCAGACGCAGGCCCAGCUUCAGCAGAGGCAGCCUGCAUUCAGCUACCAGCCUCAUCCGCCGGCCCACUCCCAGAAAGGAGCCAGUGAGCAGUUGUCAGCUUGUAGCUCCAGUGGUCCGUCCAGCACAGCCAACAGUAACUCAUCCUCUCCAGUCAAGAACAACUAUCCUAACCAAAGCAACAUCUCACCGGUCAAACCUGGGCCCCUGCCAGCUAAUCUGGAUGACUUAAAAGUUUCAGAGCUCAGGCAGCACCUACGUAUUCGCGGCAUGCCUGUCUCAGGCACCAAAACCGCCCUCAUCGAGCGACUCCGACCCUUCAAGGACUCCACAGCUGGCUCCUCACCCUCAGGGUCCUCUGACAUCACCACUGUGACCUUCCCUGUCACACCCACUGGUUCCCUGUCCUCCUACCAGUCUCCAUCCUCCUCCAGCGCUCUGUCGCAGGGAGGAUACUACCCUUACCCCAGCACCUCCUCCACCCCGCCAAUCUCACCGGCCUCCUCGGAGCUGUCCCUCAGCGGCUCGCUGCCCGACAGCUUCAGCGAUGUGCCCAUGUCGUCACCAACACAGUUCGCCCUGCAGCCAUCCCCGGCUCAGCUCAGCAUGGAGGAUGACCUGGGAGGAGGAGGAGGAGGAGGAGGAGGUGGUGGCAACCUGGGCGGGGGAGGACCGAGAGGAGGGGAGGGUGGAGGUAUGGAUGGUCUGGAAGCUGAAAAAGACAAGAUGCUGGUGGAAAAGCAGAAGGUGAUCGAGGAACUGACAUGGAAGCUGCACCAGGAGCAGAGACAGGUUGAAGAGCUGAAGAUGCAGCUCCACAAGAGGAAACGCUGCUAUGGAGCUACACAGGACGCCGCCCCUCCUUCAUCUCAUCCCUCCAUGCACCACCAGCAGCAGACUCCAGCCAUGAUGAGCCAGCAUUUUUUCGGCGUGACAAUCAAGCAAGAGCCCAUGUCCAUGUCGUCCAGCUGCCCUCUGUCUUCUCCCAAACAGCUCAAGAGUCCUCCUGGAAGCUGCAUGGAGGAUAUGGGACACUGCAACACUCCGAUGGCCAACAUGGGGGGUCCCGGUGGGCCACAAUGUAUGGACACAGGCCCUUCUUCUGGCAGCCCCUCCACUAUGUCUGCCUUCCUUAGCCCGCAGUGCUCACCACAAGACUCUCCCAUUGGAAAAACUUCUGGCAGCCCCCAGCCUUCAUCUCCCAAUAACCCCUACCUGUUGUCUCCGCCGCUGGGAAGAGACGGAUGCAGUCUCCCCCACGCCCAGGGCAACAACAGGGCACGCAACAUGCAGAUGCAGCAGAAGAGCGGCGGCCAGCCAGUGAACUGUGCUUAUCCUUCUGACCAAAGGAGCCUUCAGGGAGUCUUCCCCAGCUCAGCUGAUUGUGGCCUGAACCAUAACGGUUCUGCCAAGGCUGAGAGCCAGAACAUGCAACCAAAGAUGUCAGUAUUGCCAUCUCCUCGGCAUGUUGCCCAAAAGAGCCAGGUCUCUCCCCCUGCCUUCAGUAGCUCAGAUUCAGAUGCACCUGACAUAAGACAGCCCCCAUGCUAUGAGGAUGCAGUCAAGCAGCAACUGACCCGAAGCCAGCAGAUGGAUGAACUUUUGGACGUGCUCAUAGAGAGUGGAGAGAUGCCAGCUAACGCCAGAGAAGAGAGGGAGAGGUCCUCUGUAACCAAAGUUGUGCCUCACAUUACUGUGUCUCCAGGGUGUCCCGGCCUCCUCAUCCCGAGGUUCCACCGACACUUCGAACACCUGUCCCCUGCCCAGCACCCGUACGACCACACGGCCAAUCACAUCCCAGAGAGCCACCUGGAGACUCUGUUGGGCAGUCCCAUUGGCCGGGGAGGGGAGGUGGCUCUUCUUAAAAUGGCUACCGAGGACGGAGGCCAGGAAGACAAAGGGAACAGAGACGGUGAAGGGUACGGCAGCCCCCACAACCACCACCGCCACCCGAACCAUCCCCAACAGGACAAACAUCUGACCAGCAGAGAUCUGAUGGACACCCCUCUGUCGCCCAUCAGCAACAAGGCGUCGGCCGUCCCCGAGGUGCAGGGGAUAGUCAGCAUGACCUUCAGCGAGACGCCGUGGGAGACGAUGGAGUGGCUGGACCUGACACCUCCCAGUUCCGCUACUGCCUUUAGCGUUGCUCCACCCAGUGCACCGAGCAUUUUUAACACAGAGUUCCUGGAUGUUACAGACAUUAACUUGAACUCUGCCAUGGACCUUCACCUGGACCACUGGUGAAAGCAACACUGCCGACAAAGUGUUUCACCAGCUGUCAAACAGAAGACACCAGCUUGCAAGUAGCUGUACGGACCACUGGUAUCAGCUAUGACAAUACCAAAGAACUAUUGAAUUCACUCUUAACACUUUCAGUCCAAGUGCCAGAAUUAGCUCCUUGCUAUAACACAGUGGAAUGUUACAAUAAGUAAACCAUUAGCCGACAUCCAGAGAUUGAAGGUUAAGUCAGAAAAUUGAACUAUAUCUUCUCUAUGUCUCUGAAAUGACGUUCUCAAGUUGUCGUCAAACCCAGAAACCAAAGACCAGGUGCUCCUUGAUAUGAUCUUUGUCCUGUUUGGACAAUGAUGCACACAGCUGCCAAGUUAGUAUGACAGUGGAUACAUGAAGGAUUUUCUAUAUAAUGGAAAGACAUGAUUACAGAGCUUUAUGCCAACACUUUCUGCAGUAUCAGUGUUACACCACCUAGACUUGAAGACACAAUUUGACAAUCAAUGUAUACUGUUCUGAGUCUAUGUUUGUAUUACUGGAAAAAAAAAACACAAAAAAAACUGAAAGGAAUUACAAGGUGAAU